GUGUUGUGAUAGACCUAAGAAAAAAUCCCCAAAAAAGUUAUGAAUAUUUGUAAAAUUUUGUGUCUAAAAGAACGUUUAUUGCCAAUAUACCAAGAACAAAUAAAAUUCUUCUUCUAAAUGAAGAAUGAAGAAACAAAAUGUUCGCACGAUAUCAUUGAUCGUGUGUACAUUUACUUACCUAUUAGUUGGAGCAGCUGUAUUUGAUGCACUAGAAUCGGAAACGGAAAAAUUACGCUGUGAGUCUUUACAAGCUGUCGAAGAUAUAAUUAUAAAGAAAUAUAAUAUUUCUCAGGAGGAUUUUAAGGUAAUGGAAACGGUUGUAUUAAAAUCAGAACCACACAAAGCCGGACAACAGUGGAAGUUUACAGGUGCAUUCUACUAUGCAACAACAGUACUGACCACAAUUGGUUAUGGUCAUUCGACACCAAGCACAGUUGGUGGCAAAUUAUUUACCAUGUGUUAUGCAAUUGUAGGCAUACCACUGGGUCUGGUUAUGUUUCAAAGUAUUGGAGAAAGAGUUAAUAGACUGAGCAGUUUUGUUAUACAGGCAGUGAGACAUUCAUUGCAUUGUAAACGAACUGUCGCCUCUGAAGUAGAUUUAAUAUGUGUUGUUACAACACUUAGCUCCUUGACGAUAGCUGGUGGUGCUGCGGCAUUUUCAAAAUUUGAAGGUUGGAGCUACUUUGAUUCAGUAUAUUACUGUUUUAUUACUUUAACUACAAUAGGUUUUGGAGAUAUGGUAGCUUUACAAAAAGAUAAUGCCCUUAAUAAUAAACCGGAAUAUGUUAUGUUUGCUUUAAUAUUCAUAUUAUUCGGUUUGGCCAUUGUAGCUGCCUCUUUGAAUCUUUUAGUACUUAGAUUUGUUACCAUGAAUACAGAGGAUGAACGACGUGACGAGGCUCAAGCAAUGCAGGCUCUACAAGGUUCAGUUAAACUUGAGGGUGAUGUUAUAACUGCGAAUGGUUCCAUAUUGAGUGGUUAUGAAGGACACGAUGGUCAAUCAUUUAGUGGAUCAAAUGUAUCGUCAAUGUGUUCAUGUCGUUGUGCAUGUUUUAGUGCAAAACGACAUAAAAGCAGACAAUUAAAUUCCUACCAAGAUAAUGCGCAUCAAAUGAAAGGCCGACGUUCCCCAUCAUCACAUAUGCGUCAUUUGUUACCCGAAGUUGUUCCAAUGCAGGAUUUAGGCUACGAUUCGCAUAGUCUCAAUCAUCCAUUAGAUGGUGUUGAUGUAGUUGAUACAACUACAUGCUCUCAGCCUCAAUUGCUUAAACGAAAUGUCUCGUUAUUAUCAUUUCAAUAUAAUAUUUAAGUAUUUAUUGUUAUUUGCAGUUUUUUUUAUAUAUUUUUUUUUUUUUUGUCAAAUUUCAACUAUUUUUCUUUUAUUUUCAAUAAUCUUAGCUA